AUGUCUCGAACAUCCAUAUAUCGGCAUUGGCUAGCUGUGAAGAAGCAACAAGAACAAGGGGAAACAAUUAACUCAGACAACGUCAAAAUAACAAAAUGUUCGAGGUGCAAACGUGUUACUCUUGAUUUAGCUUUGCUUUCUACUGUACACUACACAAAAAGAGGGACAAUCAGAUCAUUGGCAGUGGGUUUGCAGUGUAGCAUGACAACUGUAGGGAGAUGGGUUAAUGUCGGACUGAUCAGAGCACACACUUCAGCAAUUAGGCCAGAUUUAACCGUCCUGAAUAAGCUUCAAAGGUUAAGAUUCACAUUAGAUGCCUUAGAUUAUGGUGAUAUAUUGUUUGAUAGGAAAAUUGGAAUAUUUUCGCUGCUCAAGUACCAGCACAAAGAAAGAGCAAGAAUAGAGAUGCAGAGACAGCUGACAAAGCUCGUGGAUGUGAGGAAAACUAAUGUGACAACACGGGUUCAUGGGACGAUGGGCCAUAUAGCUCUCGAAUAUCUAUCCACCGGAAAAUCAUCGGAGAAGAGUGACGUGUUUGGACAUGGCAUCGUGCUUCUAGAGAUCGUCAUGGGGCAACGAGCUACAGAUUUCUCGAGUUUGGAAGAAGAAGACGAUGGCGUACUGCUCGACCAUGUAAGUUGUCAAUAUGUUUGA